UCCAAUUUAAUUAUUUUCUCUCUCAACAAACGAACAAACAUCAGUACCUCUCACAAAAGAAAAAAAAGAAAAAAAAACACCGUUUCGUUUUUAGCUCUCUUCUUCUCUUCUCCCUCCGCUUUCUAGGGCUGCGAAACAUUUUCCGAGAAAUUAGAGGAAGCUAGAUUGAUCGAAGACCUCAACGACGACGACGACGAAGAAGAAAGAAACCAGAAAAAAUUUAAAAUGAUAGUAAAAAAUUAGGGAAGAGAAGAACGAACAAAGAAAAAGAAAGAAAAAAAAAAAAACGCCGCGAAGAACUUUCAAUUUUUUCACGAAUCUGGAGGGAUUUCGAAUCGCAAUCUGGUGGUGGUGGUGGCGGAUCUCGGUUGGCGCUGAACCUUCCCUGCCAUUUUUAUUUUUUGAAUCGGCACGGUUGAACGCAUUCGGAGCUGAUCGAGAGGUAGGAGAACGAUGAAAUGGGGGACGUUGCUUAAGGACUUCAGAGAGAAGGUUGGCUUCACUCAAUCGCCGCCCUCUGUUUCUUCUUCUUCAGCUUCAGCUUCAGCUUCCGCUUCUUUUCCUUCUGCUUCUUCCCCUACAUCUCUUCCUUCGUCUUCUCCUAACCACAAUGCCUUCUCAGCUUCGCAAAUCUCUCCUCUCUCUCCUUCCAGGGAUAAACAUGAACUGGAAUUGGACUUCAAGAGAUUUUGGGAAGAGUUUCGGUCAUCCAGCUCUGAGAAGGAAAAGGAAGCGUCCUUGAUUUUGAGUAUAGAUGCCUUUUGUAAAUUAGUAAAGCAGCAUGCUAAUGUAGCUCAGUUAGUUACCAUGUUAGUUGAGACACACAUAUUCUCUUUCGUUGUUGGAAGAGCAUUUGUAACAGAUAUAGAAAAGUUAAAAAUAAGCAGCAAAUCAAGAUCACUGGAUGUUGCUCAAGUUUUGAACUUCUUCUCUGAAGGCAAAAAGGAUGACAUCAGUCCAGGAGCAAAUUUAUUAGCUUCAGUUGAAAUCCUUGUGUCUGGACCUAUUGACAAACAAUCUCUACUUGAUUCUGGGAUAUUUUGCUGUCUCAUUCAUGUUCUAAAUGCCCUUCUAAAUCCUGAUGUAACCAGUCAACGAGCAAAUACUGCUAUUGAUGAUGAAGAGCAGUUGGUAUUGCAAAAAGAUUAUAAUGGUGAUAUUGGGGAAGGGCGCCGACUUGAGGUAGAGGCUAGUGUUGUGCAUAUCAUGAAAGCCCUGGCAAGCCAUCCAUCAGCUGCACAAAGUUUGAUUGAGGAUGAGUCACUUGAGUUACUUUUUCAAAUGGUUGCCAAGGGAUCUUUGAUUGUUUUCUCUCGUUAUAAGGAAGGACUUGUUCCACUGCACAGUAUACAACUUCAUAGACAUGCCAUGCAGAUACUUGGUCUACUUUUGGGCAAUGACAAUGGAAGUACGGCCAAAUACAUCCGCAAGCAUCAUCUGAUAAAGGUUCUUUUAUUGGCUGUGAAAGAUUUUGAUCCCGAUUGCGGUGAUGCCGCCUAUACUGUAGGGAUUGUAGACUUGUUACUUAAGUGUGUGGAAUUGUCGCAUAGAACUGAUGCCGGCAGUGUCAGACUUCGUGAGGAUAUACAUAAUGCGCAUGGAUAUCAAUUCCUUGUUCAAUUUGCUCUCACUCUGUCCAACUUGAAAAAAAACCAGGGCUUUCAGUCUAUUCAUUCCAACACAUCUGAUGAACAGGAUGGUGCUACAGAUGGUUCCCAAGAUUGCAGAAGAGAAAAUUUCGAUGACUCCAUUCAAUAUCUUUCACCCACAUUAUCUAGAUUGCUAGAUGUUCUUGUUAGUCUAGCCCAAACCGGGCCAAUUGAGUCUCCACAUUCUGGAGGAAAGGGUUCUAAGAACAAGGGUGGGCCUCAUAACAGAAGUCGCACAUCAUCGAUGGAUUGGCUUGGUGAUGAUUUAUGGGAGAAAGACAUUGAUAAAAUUAAGGACCUGGAAGCAGUCCAGAUGUUACAAGAUAUUCUCCUCAAAGCAAGUAGCCGGGAGUUGCAGGCUGAAGUAUUAAAUAGACUGUUCAAAAUUUUUUCAGGACAUAUAGAAAACUAUAAAUUGUGUCAGCAAUUACGAACUGUUCCACUUUUAAUUCUAAACAUGGCUGGUUUUCCUUCAUCUUUGCAAGAGAUAAUUUUGAAAAUUCUCGAGUAUGCUGUGACUGUUGUCAAUUGUGUUCCUGAGCAAGAGUUACUUUCACUUUGCUGCUUGUUGCAGCAGCCAAUAACAUCAGACUUGAAGCAUACAAUACUCUCUUUCUUUGUAAAACUCUUAUCCUUUGAUCAACAGUACAAGAAAGUUCUGCGUGAAGUUGGUGUUUUGGAAGUUAUGUUAGAUGAUUUGAAGCAACACAGGCAUUGGGGUCUGGAUGCACAGAAUGUUAACCUCCAUCCGUUGGAGAGAAAAAAUAGCUCGACCAGCUUCAAGAAACAUCUGGACAAAAAGGAUGCUAUUAUUUCUUCACCUAGGCUUUCGGAACCUGGUACCGGGAAGUCCCCUAUUUUUGAUGCUGAUGCUACAAUUGCUAUUGCCUGGGACUGCAUGGUAUCUUUAUUGAAGAAAGCCGAGACUAAUCAAGCUUCGUUUCGCGCAGCUAAUGGUGUGACUACCAUCCUGCCUUUCCUGGCUUCUGAUGUACAUCGCCCUGGGGUCCUCAGGAUAUUGACAUGUCUUAUAAUUGAAGAUAGUUCUCAGGCUCAUCCUGAAGAAUUAGGUGUUUUGGUUGAAAUUUUGAAAAGUGGAAUGGUGACUAGUGCUUUGGGGUUGCAAUAUCGGCUCUCCCUUGACGCAACAUGUGAUACUAUGGGUGCACUAUGGCGGGUAUUGGGAGUUAAUAGCUCUGCACAGAAGGUGUUCGGUGAAGCCACAGGCUUUUCCCUUUUGCUUACCACACUACAUGGAUUCCAGAAUGAAAGUGGGGACGUGGACCAAUCUUUAUUGAGUGUUUACAUUAAAGUAUUUACAUAUUUGAUGCGUCUUGUAAUUGCUGGAGUUUCGGACAACGUUGUUAAUCGAAUGAAGUUGCAUGCCAUUAUAUCUUCACAGACUUUCUUUGAUCUUCUUUGCGAGUCUGGCUUACUCUGUGUUGAGCAUGAAAAGCAAGUCAUCCAGUUGAUGCUAGAACUUGCCCUUGAAAUAGUGAUUCCACCUUUCUUAGCAUCAGAAGGUUCAACUAUAUCAAAUGCCACCAUAGAUGAGUCAUCUCAUAAUCUUUUAUUGACUGCGUCAGGUCCAAUUAAUCCUGAAAAAGAGAGAGUUUACAAUGCUGGUGCUGUUAGAGUUCUGCUCCGUUCUUUAUUGCAUUUUACUCCUAUGGUUCAAUUAAAACUUUUAGACUUAAUCGAAAAGUUGGCUCGAGCUGGCCCCUUCAAUCAGGAAAACCUAACCUCUGUAGGUUGUGUGGAACUUUUGCUGGAGACUAUCACCCCUUUUCUUCUGGGUUCAUCUUCAUUGCUUUCUUUUGCAUUGAAAAUUGUUGAAGUCCUUGGUUCUUAUCGGCUAUCUGCAUCUGAACUUCGUACGCUCAUCAGAUAUGUUCUGCAAAUGAAGCUGAAAAAUACAGGUCAUAUAAUUGUUGAAAUGAUGGAAAGGUUAAUUUUGAUGGAAGAUAUGUCCUCAGAAACACUCUCUCUGGCACCUUAUGUGGAGAUGGAUAUGAGCAAGGUUGGGCAUGCUGCUAUUCAGGUUUCAUUGGGGGAAAGAUCAUGGCCUCCAGCUGCUGGUUAUUCCUUCGUUUGUUGGUUUCAAUUUCAAAAUUUUUUGAAAUCACAGUCAAAAGACAAUGACCCAUUGAAAUCUACUGUUCCCAAGAAGCGGUCCGGCUCCGGUGGAUUGCAUGAGCGGAACUUUUUAAGGAUCUUUUCUGUUGGGGGUACCGGCAAUGAAAAUGCAACCUAUGCUGAACUUUAUCUCCAGGAGGAUGGUGUUCUGACUCUUUCCACUAGCAGCUCUUCCUUCUUAUCAUUUUCUGGUUUAGAACUUGAAGAAGGAAGGUGGCAUCACCUUGCAGUCAUUCACAGCAAACCAAAUGCUCUUGCUGGGCUCUUCCAAGCAAGUGUUGCCUAUGUUUAUCUUAAUGGGAAGCUAAGACACACUGGGAAGUUAGGAUAUUCACCGUCCCCUCCAGGUAAACCAUUGCAUGUCACUAUUGGGACGUCAGCUGGGGUUGCUAGAGUAAGUGACUUGACGUGGAAAAUGCGCUCUUGCUAUCUAUUUGAGGAGGUUCUCACUCCAGGCUGUAUGUGUUUUAUGUAUAUACUUGGUAGAGGAUAUAGAGGGCUUUUUCAGGACACAGAUCUUCUGCAAUUUGUGCCUAACCAGGCCUGUGGUGGUGGUAGCAUGGCCAUAUUAGAUUCGUUAGAUGCUGAUGUUGCCUUGGCUGCUACCGGUCAAAGACUUGAUACUUCCAACAAACAGGGAGAUCUAAAGGCAGAUGGGAGUGGAAUUGUCUGGGAUUUGGACAGACUUGGGAACCUUUCCUUACAGCUUUCAGGAAAGAAACUUAUUUUUGCAUUUGAUGGAACUUCUACAGAGUUCAAUCGAUUGUCAGCUAGCUUUUCAAUGCUCAAUCUGGUUGAUCCUAUGUCAGCAGCUGCUUCUCCCAUUGGAGGUAUUCCACGCUUUGGACGUCUCUUUGGAGAUAUUUAUGUUUGUAAACAAGGUCUAAUUGGAGAGACUAUCCGUCCAAUUGGUGGGAUGGAGCUUGUCCUUGCCCUUGUAGAUGCUGCAAAAACUAGGGAUAUGUUGCACAUGGCCCUUACUUUGCUUGCUUGUGUGCUUCAUCAAAACCCUCAGAAUCUCAAGGACAUGCAAACAUAUAGGGGUUAUCAUCUACUUGCUCUUUUUCUGCAUCGCAGAAUGGCAUUAUUUGACAUGCAAUCUCUUGAGAUCUUCUUUCAGAUAGCUGCUUGUGAGGCGUCCUUUUCCGAACCAAAGAAGUUGGAAGCCACUCAGACCAUUUUGUCUCCUGGAUCUGUGCAGGAUACCAGUCUUGAGGAUCAUUAUUUGUCAAAGUUUCAUGAUGAUAAUUCUUCAGUUGGAUCUCAUGGAGACAUGGAUGAUUUUUCUGUGCCAAAGGAUACAUUUAGCCACCUUUCAGAGCUGGAGAAUACUUAUACUGCUGCUGAAACUUCUAAUUGCAUUGUUUUGUCCAAUGCGGACAUGGUCGAACAUGUCUUGUUGGAUUGGACACUAUGGGUAACAGCCCCAGUUUCAAUACAAAUUUCUUUACUUGGAUUUCUUGAAAAUUUAGUGUCCAUGCACUGGUACAGAAAUCAUAAUCUUACAAUUUUGCGUCGAAUUAAUCUUGUCCAACAUUUACUAGUGACUUUGCAAAGGGGUGAUGUUGAAGUUCCUGUCCUAGAAAAACUGGUUGUAUUGCUUGGUGUCAUUUUGGAAGAUGGGUUUCUAUCUUCUGAGCUUGAAAAUGUGGUUAGAUUUGUGAUCAUGACAUUUGAUCCACCAGGAUUGGUUCCACAAAGUCCAAUAAUGAGGGAGUCAAUGGGGAAGCAUGUAAUUGUUAGAAAUAUGUUACUAGAGAUGCUUAUUGAUCUUCAAGUCACUAUAAAAUCUGAAGAGUUGCUUGAGCAGUGGCAUAAACUUGUUUCGUCUAAGCUAAUUACAUAUUUUCUUGAUGAAGCAGUUCAUCCCACAAGUAUGAGAUGGGUGAUGACUCUACUUGGCGUGUGUCUUACUUCCUCUCCAACAUUUGCACUUAAAUUUCGCACAAGUGGAGGUUAUCAGGGUUUGAUUCGGGUUCUCUCGAGUUUCUAUGAUUCCCCAGAUAUUUAUUAUAUUUUGUUCUGUUUGAUAUUUGGCAAGCCAGUUUAUCCUCGAUUACCAGAGGUUCGCAUGGUGGAUUUUCAUGCCCUUAUGUCAAGUGAUGGAAGUUAUACGGAACUGAAGUUUGUUGAAUUGUUGGAAUCUGUGAUUGCUAUGGCUAAAACUGCUUUUGAUCGAGUAAGCAUGCAGUCAAUGAUUGCACACCAAACUGGUAAUCUUUCACAGGUUGGUGCAAGCCUUGUGGCUGAGCUUGUAGAGGGAAAUUCUGACAUUGCUGGUGAGCUUCAGGGGGAAGCUCUGAUGCACAAGACUUAUGCUGCCCGCCUAAUGGGUGGAGAGGCAUCAGCUCCUGCUGCUGCAACUUCGGUUAUUAGAUUUAUGGUUGAUCUGGCUAAGAUGUGUCCCCCGUUUACUGCAGUUUGUAGACGAGCAGAAUUUCUUGAAAGCUGUAUUGAUCUGUACUUUUCCUGUGUGAGGGCGGCACAUGCUGUUAAAAUGGCUAAAGAACUCUCUGCCAUGACAGAAGAGAAAACCUUGAAUGAUUGUGAUGAUACGUCCAGUUCCCAAAAUACGUUUUCUAGCUUGCCUCUGGAUCAGGAUCAGUCUGCCAAAACCUCCAUCAGUGUUGGAAGCUUUCCACAAGGACAGGUAAGUACUAGCUCUGAUGAUAUGGUAGCACCAGUGAACCCUAUAUCUGGAGGGAAGCCACAAAAUGGUGUUACUGUAUCGACAUCAGAGUCAAAUAAAUCUGCCCAUGAAUGUGUCCAAACUGUUCAGAGCUUGGAUGGUGAUGUUGCUGAUCAAGGUUCUGCAACUUCCAGUGCAAAUGAAUUUAGCUUUCAGGGUAUCAAAGGCAAUUCGGAUAUCCUCCCUCCAACUGAAUCCCAGAGUUCGGCAUCUUUUGCUGUACCAGAUUCUCCUGUUUUUUCAGAAAAGUCCAGUUCUAGAGUUCCUGUUGCACCUUCAUCACCUGUUGCUGCAUUGACAUCUUGGCUGGGUAGUGUAACGACAAGCACUAAUGAAGCUAAAUCUCCUUUGACAGCCACACCUUCUUUUGAUUCUUCCAUGUCUGCUUGGGAGUUUGAUUCACCUUCAGACCUGAAGUCUGGUUCUCAAGGUUCAUCUGCCACAAAUGCUUACUUCAUUGUAACCUCAAAGCUUCUUUUGGAUAUAGAUGAUUCUGGAUAUGGAGGUGGUCCAUGUUCUGCAGGAGCUACUGCUGUGUUAGAUUUCAUUGCAGAAGUUCUUGCUGAUUUUGUGACCGAGCAGGUGAAAGCAUCACAGGUCAUUGAGAACAUCUUGGAAAGUGUUCCGCUCUAUGUUGAUAAUGAAUCAGUGUUAGUUUUCCAGGGUCUGUGCCUUAGUAGAUUUAUAAAUUUCCUUGAAAGGCGGCUGUUGCGUGAUGAUGAAGAGGAUGAGAAAAAAUUGGACAAGAUCCGCUGGUCCUCAAAUUUGGAUGCUUUGUGCUGGAUGAUAGUCGAUCGUGUAUACAUGGGGGGUUUUCCUCAGCCUUCAGGGGUUUUGAAAACUCUUGAGUUCUUGUUGUCAAUGUUGCAAUUGGCAAACAAAGAUGGUAGAAUUGAAGAAGCUGCUCCUGGUGGAAAGAGGCUCUUAUCAAUUUCAAGAGGAAGUAAGCAACUUGAGGCUUAUAUUCAUUCAAUUCUUAAGAACACUAACCGAAUGAUAUUAUAUUGCUUCCUCCCAUCAUUUUUAGUGAGUAUAGGGGAAGAUGAUCUUCUUUCACGGUUGGGUUUGCUCACUGAACCUAAAAAAAGAUUGUCCUCAACUUCCUCUCAAGUUGAUUCUGGAAUUGAUAUAUGCACAGUCUUGCAAUUAUUGGUUGCUCAUAGAAGAAUUAUAUUCUGUCCCAGCAAUACUGACACAGAUCUUAAUUGCUGUUUAUCUGUGAAUUUGAUAUCACUUCUCUGUGAUAAAAGGCAAAAUGUACAGAAUAUUGCCAUUGAUGUGUUCAAGUAUCUUCUGGUACAUAGGAGGGCUGCAUUAGAAGACCUACUUGUUUCCAAACCUCAUCAAGGGCAGCAGCUGGAUGUUCUUCAUGGUGGUUUUGAUAGAUUAUUGACCAGAAGUUUACCUGAGUUUUUUGAGUGGUAUCAAACUACUGAACAGAUGGUGAAUAAAGUAUUGGAACAGUGUGCUGGCAUUAUGUGGGUGCAGUAUAUAUCUGGAUCAGCAAAGUUUCCUGGAGUAAGAAUCAAAGCUAUGGAAGGUCGUCGAAAAAGGGAAAUGGGAAGAAAGGCUCGCGAAGCUGCAAAAUUGGAUUUAAGACACUGGGAGCAGGUGAAUGAGCGAAGAUAUGCAUUGGAUUCAGUUCGUGAUACAAUGUCCACAGAGUUGAGAGUCGUUAGGCAAGAUAAGUAUGGAUGGAUUCUCCAUGCAGAGAGUGAGUGGCAAUGCCAUCUGCAGCAACUUGUGCAUGAACGAGGUAUAUUCCCACUGAACAAAUCCUCCUUGACAGAAGAGCCAGAAUGGCAGCUUUGCCCCAUCGAAGGUCCAUAUCGAAUGCGGAAGAAACUUGAGCGCAGCACGUUGAAAAUUGAUACCAUCCAGAGUGUCCUUGAUGGGAAGUUUGAAUUGGAGGGAUCAGAGCUGUCUAAAGUAAAAUUUGAAAAUGGUCCUGGUGGUGCAUCAGAUUCAAAACCUUAUUUUCAACUUUUGGCUGAUGGUGGGAGACAAAGUGAUCCUGAUGUUGAGCUGUUUGAAGAACCGUUUUCUGAUAAUUUGGAUAGUCUCAAAGAUGCAGUUUCUGAUAAGAAUGAGUGGAAUGAUGACAAGGGCAGUAGCAUAAAUGAAGCAAGCCUCCAUUCUGCACUUGAACUUGGUGCUAAGUCAAGUACAAUGUCGGUCCCAAUAGAAGAAAGCACGCAAGGAAGAUCUGACAUGGGAUCUGCAUGGCAAUCGUCUUCCAUGAAACUUGAUGAUGUCAAGGUUUCUGAUGAUAAAUCUGAUAAAGAACUGAAGGAUAAUGGGGAAUACCUAAUCAGACCUUUCCUGGAACCAUUUGAAAAAAUACGAUUCAAAUAUAAUUGUGAACGGGUUGUAGGUCUUGACAAGCAUGAUGGUAUAUUCUUGAUAGGUGAACUCUGUUUGUAUGUAAUUGAAAACUUCUAUAUUGAUGAUUCUGGUUGCUUCUGCGAGAAGGAAUGUGAAGAUGAACUGUCGGUCAUUGAUCAGGCUUUGGGUGUCAAGAAAGAUGUCACUGGUAGUGCAGAUUUCCAAUCCAAAUCAACAUCAUCAUGGACGACAGCAGUUAAGUCAUUAGUUGGGGGAAGGGCAUGGGCAUAUAGUGGUGGUGCAUGGGGAAAGGAGAAAGUACAUAGCACUGGAAAUUUACCUCACCCUUGGCGCAUGUGGAAGCUUGACAGUGUUCAUGAGAUUCUGAAGCGUGAUUACCAGCUUCGUCCUGUUGCUAUAGAAAUAUUUAGCAUGGAUGGAUGUAAUGAUCUCUUGGUUUUCCACAAAAAGGAGAGAGAAGAAGUCUUUAAAAAUCUCGUUGCCAUGAAUCUUCCUCGGAAUAGCAUGCUGGACACAACUAUUUCAGGAUCAUCAAAACAAGAAAGCAAUGAGGGUAGCCGACUUUUUAAGAUAAUGGCGAAAUCAUUUUCGAAAAGGUGGCAAAAUGGUGAAAUAAGCAAUUUUCAGUACCUCAUGCAUCUUAACACCUUGGCAGGACGCGGAUAUAGUGAUCUUACCCAGUACCCAGUCUUUCCAUGGGUUCUUGCAGAUUAUGAGAGUGAAAAUCUUGAUUUAUCCAAUCCUAGCACAUUUCGCAGGCUUGAUAAACCAAUGGGCUGUCAGACACCUGAAGGUGAAGAAGAAUUUAGAAAAAGAUACGAGAGCUGGGAUGAUCCGGAGGUCCCAAAGUUUCAUUAUGGAUCUCAUUAUUCUAGUGCUGGAAUUGUCCUAUUCUAUCUUCUCCGCCUGCCUCCAUUCAGUGCAGAGAAUCAAAAGCUUCAAGGUGGCCAGUUUGACCAUGCUGAUCGUCUUUUCAACAGUAUAAGGGAUACUUGGUUUAGUGCUGCUGGUAGAGGAAACACAUCUGAUGUGAAAGAGUUGAUUCCAGAGUUUUUCUACAUGCCAGAGUUCCUGGAGAAUCGAUUCAAUCUUGACUUGGGAGAGAAACAGUCUGGAGAGAAGGUUGGGGAUGUUAUAUUACCUCCAUGGGCGAAAGGUAGUGCUAGAGAGUUCAUCAAUAAGCAUAGGCAAGCUCUUGAAUCUGACUAUGUCUCAGAAAAUUUGCAUCACUGGAUAGACCUCAUUUUUGGAUAUAAGCAAAGAGGGAAGGCUGCAGAGGAUGCAGUUAAUGUGUUCUAUCAUUAUACCUAUGAAGGGAGUGUGGACAUAGAUGCAGUUACAGAUCCUGCAAUGAAAGCAUCUAUUUUAGCACAAAUUAAUCAUUUUGGGCAGACUCCGAAGCAACUAUUCCUCAAGCCCCAUGGGAAAAGGCGAACAGACAGAAAACUUCCUCCCCAUCCCCUUAAACAUUCCACUCACCUUGUUCCACAUGAGAUCCGCAAAAGUUCUUCACCUAUCACUCAAAUUGUUACUUUUAAUGAUAAAAUUCUCAUUGCAGGAACUAACAAUUUGCUUAAACCAAGAACAUAUACCAAAUAUGUUGCUUGGGGUUUUCCUGAUCGGAGCUUGAGAUUUAUGAGCUAUGAACAAGACAGACUUCUUUCGACACACGAAAAUUUGCAUGGAGGUAAUCAAAUUCAGUGUGCUGGUGUUAGCCAUGAUGGUCAGAUUCUGGUCACGGGGGCCGAUGAUGGGUUAGUUAAUGUUUGGAGAGUUAGCGAGGUUGGGCCCCGUUUCGUGCGACGCUUGAAGUUGGAGAAGCCCCUUUGUGCACACACAGCUAGAAUCACAUGUCUUCAAGUUUGCCAGCCUUACAUGCUGAUUGUGAGUGGAUCAGAAGAUUGUACUGUUAUUAUUUGGGAUCUCAGCUCCAUGGCAUUCAUACGGCAGCUUCCCGAAUUCCCAGCCUCCAUCUCUGCAGUUUUUGUCAAUGACUUGACGGGAGAGAUUGUUGCAGCUGCUGGUAUUCUUCUCUCUGUCUGGAGUAUCAAUGGUGAUUGCCUGGCAUUGAUCAAUACAUCACAACUGCCAUCUGAUUCUAUUCUCUCGGUGACAAGCAGUACAUUUUCAGAUUGGCUAGACACAAAGUGGUAUGCAACAGGUCACCAGAGUGGAGCUGUCAAGGUGUGGCAAAUGGUUCACUGCAGUGAACCCGAGAGCUCCCUUAAAUCAGGUUCUUCUGGAUUGGGAGCGUUAAACCUUGGUGGAAAAGAACCAGAAUACAGGUUGAUUCUACGGAAAGUGCAUAAGUUCCAUAAGCAUCCAGUCACUGCCCUUCAUCUCACAACCGACCUGAAACAAUUAUUGAGUGGAGAUUCCGGCGGGCAUUUGUUUUCCUGGACACUACCUGAAGAGAGUCUGCGAGGUUCACUGAAUCAGGGGUGAUAUGGUUAAAUGAUUAUAGUUGUCUUGACUUCUAAGCUUUUGGGGCCAGCCUUUGAUCAUUGAAUCCUGACAUAGGGUUGAGAGGGUAGAGUCAGUCCCAAUUUGUCAAAAGAUGGAUUCGUGUUCAUUAUUCAUGAAAGUUCCAGUGAAGAAUGCAUGGCCUGAUCGAAACAGCACGAACAAGGUUGGCAGCGAACAGAUGAGACCGCACAGCACAUAGAAGAGGGCUAACACCGAGCCGUUGUUUCACUUGAUUGGUGAAGUAUCUGUAAAGAAAGAUGGAUGGGUAUGUGGAAACAGGAGGAAGCAGAGUUGAUCCCGGUGGGUAUUCUUGUAUUUUCGGUGGCUGGCAGAGCAUAUUUUGAUUUUAUUUUUUCUUUUUUUUAGAGAAGUCCACAGUUUUAUGUUAAUUUGAUGUAAAUAUGUGAAACAGCUUUGUAGUGUGUAAUUAAGUUGUAUAGUAAAAGGCGAGUCUGUGAAAUGGAAUGUGAUUUUUGAAAUGGUGAUACUGUUGUGGAACUGCUGAUGGCACGAGUGUAAUCCAUUCUCGGAAAUUCUUUUUCCAAGUGACACUGGGGCAUUUCUUUUAGUUAAUGGUCCCCGUUAAAGUUAAAGGAAAACUUCAGAAAAUUUCAUGUCA